AUGAGCCCUACAGAUGCUGUUACUGCUGCUGCAGCCGUAGCGCCGUCAGGGUCCCGCCGUGUAGCAGGAGUCUCACGAGAGGCAGGCAGCGAGCGCGGCGUCGGCCGCCGCCAGCCGCCUGCUGGCAGCAGUAAGCCAGUUACCGGCAGGGGCGACAAAACGAGCGCCCUGUGUUCAGACGCCGGCCGCCUUAUUGCCACUCGCGAUCUAAUUAGCCGCCGUAAUGGAAAUUUAAGACGGCCCAAGUGUUUCGGCGCCACCUCCGGCGGCCGACGAAGACCGUCAACUGACAGAAUUCCUGCGCGUGUUCUCGGAAGAUGCCGCCCCCGCACCAACACCAGUACCAGCACCACCACCACCACCACCACCACCACCACCACUACCACCAACUCCAGCGCAGCAGCGCCGCUGCCAAUUGCAUUAGCCGCCCCCGGCGGGCCGGGCAGCCAGCGCCAAAUUAAAAAGGGCAGCCGCGGAACCAGCUAA